AUGUGCCGAUGCAGCAGCGGCGGCAGGGGCGGCGGCGGCGGGGAGGCGCUCCGCUGCGCGGGGGGGAAGGAGGCCCUCAAAAUACAGGCUUUCUAUAUCCGACUCGCCGCCCGCUCUGCUGGUGGUGAGGCGCUGAAGAAGGCGGAGUUGCUGACGCUCGUCUACCGGCCGCGCACUGGCGGCGCGUCGCUGGAGGUGAACGACGUGCAGAUGCUUCCCGGAGCGGCGGCCUUCGUGGGGCUGCACCGGGUACGGGCGGCGGAGUCCGGCGGCGACCUGGUGUUUGGGAGCACCGAUCGGGUCUGCGCCGGUGAGGGGAUCCUCUUCGAGGUGUACGCCGGAGAGGAGGAGCGGGCGGCGGUGGAGGGGAGCUUCCGGCGGCGGGACGGCGGUGGGUGGCGGAUGAAGUGCUGGGUCGCAGCCGACGGGGAGGAAGCGGCAGGGAUAGAAGCAGCGGAUAUCUGCGUGGCCGGGGAGGAUAAGGUGGUGAUGAUGGAGAGUGUGGAUGUGGCGGCGCCGCGGUGGCGCAACCGGCGGUUUUGCUCGAGGCUGGAGGAGAUACCGGAGGAGACCGGGGAGGAGGUGGAGGGCCACUGCGGCUGCUGCACCGAAGAGGAGGAGCAGGACGAUGGAUGGCGGCUGUCAGAAAAUACGGAGGAGGACGGGGAGGAUGAUGACUGGCUGGAAGAGGACGCCUGGCAGGGGGAGGAAGAGGGGACGACGUGGGCGGUGGAUCUAGGGAUAUGGGCAGCGUGCUUGGGGGUGGGCAUCUUGGUCUCCAGGGCUUCUUGUUCCAAGAGGCGGCAGAGCUUCUUACCCUUUUGA